UCCUGUCAGCCAAAGCUCCUUCUGUGCGGUUGAGGAGGACAGACAGGAUUUAAGAUUGGUCCAAGUGGCACUACAAGUAUGAAAGGCCUCAUCUUCCUUGUUGUGAAUUUGGCAGUUUCAUCAGCAUUCUCAAUAGACCACAAUGGACCAGAGAUAAUAGAAAUUGGUGAAGAAAAGGACAUCAUAGAUGCAAACAAGGGUUUAUUACCUGAUGAUAUUCUUGAGCCAGAGAAGACGCAAAGAAGUGCCAUUAUUGGUGAGGGCAUUUACUGGACAUCCCCAGUCCCAUAUGUUUUGGAGAAAGACCUGGAGAUGAAUGCUAAAGGAAUCAUCAUGAGAGCCUUUGAUCAGUUCAGGUUGAAGUCAUGCAUUGACUUCAAACCAAGGGAUAUGGAGGACUAUUACAUUUCUGUCCAAAGGUUAGACGGAUGUUUUUCAUAUGUUGGCCGUUGGCUACCUAACGGACAGGUCCUCUCCAUUGGGAGAUUCUGUGAUUACAUCGCCACGAUUGAACACGAGUUCCUCCAUGCUCUUGGCUUCUUCCACGAACAGUCCAGAUAUGACAGAGAUGAAUAUUUGACCAUUGCAUUUGAGAACAUCAUAGAAGGUUUCGAGAAUAAUUUCGAAAAAGUCAGCGAAGCAUCCAGCACCACCAACGGAGUCCCAUAUGACUACAUGUCAGUGAUGCACUAUGGCAAAAAUGCUUUCAGCAAUGGCAAUGGUUCAACAAUUAUCACCAAAGAUCCACAAUUCCAGGAUGUUAUUGGUCAAAGGCUGGAAAUGAGUCCCAGUGAUGUUCGGGAGCUGAACCUCCUCUACAAAUGCAAUUCAACCAUUGCAUUUAAGAUGUACUGCGGCUUUACGAAUGGAACCAUGUGUCACAUGACUCGCUGUUCACAGAGUGGCACUAGGUGGGAAAUGGUAACAAAUGCUCUUGGGGGUCCGACGUCUGACCACACCAGUCUACCCAGUAGCAAUGAUGAUGACGGAGGUGAAGAUAUAGGUUUCUUCAUGCAUGCUAGCACUGCAUCAGGUAAGGAGGGAGACUCAGCCAGACUGGAGACCCACAGGAUGAGUCCCAAGAGGGAAUGUCAUGUCCAGUGUCUCCAGUUCUACUACUACCACAGUGGGAGCGAGUCAGACCAACUCAACAUCUGGCUCAGAGAGUUUGAUCAUGAAUUGGACCCCACAGGAAAAGUCCGCCUCGUUGGACAGAUCACUGGUCGCAAAACAUCUCACUGGCAGCUCGAGCAUGUUUCCCUGGAUGCCACCAAGGACUUCCAGGUGGAGUUUGAGGUUCGUAAAGGAGCAGGAAGUUCUAUGGGUGGCUUCUCCAUCGAUGACAUCAAUCUGUCAGAGAUUGAAUGCCCACACGUGACCAUGCAGGUUAAUGAUUUUGAGAACGUUUUGGAAACUAGCAGCAGUGGAACCAUUAUAUCCAGCCCACGGCACUACUCCAGAGGGGGCUACGCUUACUCCGUUGGGAUAGUGCUGUACAGGAGAUAUUUUGGAGUGUUUGUGCAACUCUUGUCUGGUGAUUAUGAUGACAUCCUGGAGUGGCCUUGCCCACAACGGCAGGUAACAUUCCAAGUGGUGGAUCAGAACCCCCACAUUCAGCUGCAAAUGUCCAAGCAAAGGAGUGUCACCAGUGACCUGACCCAGUCCGGCGUUAAUGGUUCCUAUGUUUGGGGCAAUCCUCGAGAGACUGGAGUUCCAUUUGUAGACGAGUAUAAUGAGACCAUCUAUGUCGGACCUCUGAUUGGCUUGCGUUUUUUUGCGACUUUGGAAGAAAUUAAAUCCAGAGAAUAUCUCAAGGGAGGGAGCGCCACUUUCGUCUUCAGCUUCCAAGAUAUCACUCCUCUAAUUAAUGGAAGUGUUCUGCCAUGUCCUCAAGUGAAACCAGUAGACAUUCUACUUCCUCCUGACGAUUUGCGUGAAGGCCCAUGCUCAUCAUGGAUUUUGCCCACCAAUGUUCCACCACAUCAAACAACAGAAGACAAAAGCAUUUUUGGCUUCUCUCCUGUUUUGGUGGCUUCUCCCGUCCUCACCCUCCUGCUAGCAUUUAUGCUUCUGAUACCUUGAUGUGCCUCUCCUCCCAUGCUCAUCUCACCUCCACACAUGGACAGGGCCUGUAAAUUUGCCACUGGCUGAGUAGUUCAAUGGCUGUCAUGUUUUACUGAAUUUCUUUUGGUGUUUUUCUGGUUAUACGAGCUCCUAAUAAAAAGAGAAAGGUGCAAUGGGUAAAGAACUAUUGGCAGAUACUGUACAUCGGGGUGAUUUCUGAGUCACAACUUAAAGCGGCACAUACAACAAUUACAAAAAUACCAGUAAUACUAUGGUUGUUCUUUUGGUGUUGUGAUCAUAUAUAUGUUAGUAUUCAGGUUAUCUUUUGUGGGUCAAUCUUGAAACUAUACUUCUUCUUUUUUAUAGAAUUGCAACAAUGCUGCUUUCGUAACUGGCUUAAAAAAAGGAAAGGCUGCUGCAAGCCCAUGUUUUUGUAUUUUUAUUUUUGUAUUAAGAACGCAUACAUACUGUAGGUUUACAGUACGAUGUGGAAAUUUACAGCUGUCCCUGUACAGUGGUUCUUGAUUUACAAGAAUAGCAUUUUCGAGACUGAAAGAAAAUGGCUGCAGUUUUGUUUCUGCUCAUCAGACGAUGCUUAUUAGUAUUUGCAUUGUAUUGUGAGAAUAAAUCUUUGAAAGUGGUGGCUAUUUUCUGGGAUCUUAAGCUUUCAAAUAAAUAUUUUUCAAAACAACA